AUGAGCGUUUCAGUGGAUUCCCCCCUCGUCUUCAAGGGUGUCCUUGAGGGCCACACAGAUUGGGUAACGGCCAUCUCCACGCCCACCGUCAAGAGCAACACGAUCAUUUCUUCUUCGCGAGAUAAGAAGAUCAUCGUGUGGAAUCUAAACGACUCGCCGGAUGCAGAAACUGUUGGCUUCGCCCGUCGUGCACUUACAGGACACUCCCAAUGCGUCCAGGAUGUGGUCAUCUCGAGUGACUCGAACUUUGCACUAUCCGGUUCUUGGGACAAAACUCUUCGUCUAUGGGAUUUGAAUGUGGGGGAGACUGUCCGCACUUUUCAGAAGCACACCUCCGACGUCAACUCCGUCGCCUUCAGUGCAGACAACAGGCAGAUUGUGUCGGGUUCUCGCGACAGAACCGUUCGUCUGUGGAAUACCCUCGCUGACUGCAAAUAUACUAUCGAAGAGGGCCAACAUACGGACUGGGUCUCGUGCGUCAGAUUCUCUCCGUCUCCGAAGGAGCCGCUUAUCGUUUCAUGUGGCUGGGACAAACUCGUCAAGGUCUGGAGUCUGACAACCUGCAAGCUCACGACCAACCUUGUAGGCCACACGUCUGUGCUCUAUACCGUAACGGUUUCCCCGGACGGUUCGCUGUGCGCUUCGGGUGGCAAGGACGGUGUAGCCAUGUUGUGGGACGUGAGUGAGGGGAAGCAUCUGUACUCGCUCGAUGCGAGCUGCACCAUCAACAGCCUGUGCUUCUCUCCUUGCAACUACUGGCUAUGCGCUGCUACCGACAAAUCUGUUAAGAUUUGGGACCUGGAAAAUAAAAAUGUGCUUGACGACAUUCACCCAGACCAGCCGGUCAAGAGCGGCAUUCCGUGGUGCACUUCUCUCAACUGGUCAUACGAUGGUCGCACCUUGUUCAUUGGUACGACGAGCGGAAACAUACACGUAUACGAGGUUGCAGAGGGUUGA